UCAAUAUGGCGGCGAAGAAGAAGAAACACAGGAAAGAGAAGAAGGUCCUUGUAUUCGAUGAAAAUUCUCGAAGGGAGUAUCUUCUUGGUUUUCACAAGAGGAAAAAUGAAAGAAGGAAGAAGGCCAUGGAAGAAUUGACUAAGCAGGAAAAGGAAAGAAGAAAAGAGCUUAAACAAGAGAAAAAGAAGAGCUUGAUUGAACAAAUGGAAAAACACAGAAAAGAAUUAGAGGCUCUGGAAUCAGAUGAUGAGAAUGAGGAGGAGGAGGCACCUUCAACAGUUGAUGCAACUUAUGAACAUCCUGAGCAAGUUGUCACAGUUACCACAAUCAGUGAUGUGAACUUGGAUGGUGGAAAAUUUACAUGUAUUGGACCUAAUAAAGGGUUGAUGGAAACAGAAACAUCACAACUUCAUACUUCACCUUUAGAGAAACAGAAUGAAACCUUUGAUAAAAUGACAGAAAAAACCACUCCCAAACAUCAGCAAAAAUCACACAAGAAAUUUAGAAGAAGAAGAGGAACAUCAAGUAAGAAAAGUGACCACCACCAGAAUGGACCGUCUGGAAAAAAUAACAAGAGAAAAAAAGUUCAUUCUCACCACAAAUCAAAACAUUUCAAGAAGAGUUGACUCUAACAACCCAGGUUGUAAAUGGUGUUUUAUGGCCAAGAGGAAAGUCAACAGGAACAGACGUCUACGUCGUGGCAUGGUGUAGUGCUGCACAUGCCCGAUUGAUAUAGAGGGUGCAAAUUUUGAAAGUCCUUGAAAAGGUUUAGACCAAUCUGAUAACUAAAGGAUUACUUUUCACUCUUUACUCUUGAAAAGGAAAAAAGGCUGUUGUAGCAUCUUCAAUGGCAAAGGUUUUUAGGAAUCGAUACCUACAAUUCAUUCUUCGACCCGUUUCUUCGCUGAUUUCCCGGAACAAGUAGUUGUGCCUUUAUAAUGUGGCGAGGUUAUUCCACUUCUCCAAGUGUACAUCCGCAGUAAAAGAAAAGAAAAAUAGGUCAAGGCGAUAAUGUGUCAUGCUCCUCUUUCUACAUUGUAAUAAAUAAUAACAAGCAAUUUCAAGGAGGAAAUUUCAACAAUUGGAAAGUCAAUGAUCAUUGAAUACUAAUGGAUUUUAUAAACUUAAUAACAGAAGUAGUUCAAAUAAACACUAAAAGGCGAUA